UGGAUCGGUUCAAAUUGGGGUGCACCAUCUGGCCAGCUUCCCUCAUUGAAAGACUGAUUUAUUCCAUGGUCUACAACUGUGAGUCUAAUUUCAUUUGACACUUUGACUCCAUUUUCCACAUUCAUCUGGCUGGUGUACCACUAGACAUACAGACUGCCCUUCCUCACUGGGCUCCAUGUUGUGCUGCUCCUCUUCCUCUCUGCUGGCAUUCUCUUCUGUUUGCCUCCAUUUCUCAACAACACCAACUCAUUGGUGCUCUCUUUCAUAGCUGAUUAUGGACUGUUGGAUGGAUUGUUGAUCUGACAAUUGUUUCGCUUCAUAUUGUUAUCAUCUGCUGUCACCAAGUCAAGUCAGUUUAUUUGGGUGGGACUUGAUUUUUGUAUCAUGUGUUAAGUCUUGUGUUUACAGUUGUGAAAAAUGUUUCUCAUUUGUAUUUUGAGUGAAAGCAACAUAAAUGACAAAAAUAGAUAGUGUUUUGUUGAUUUAGGUUCAUGUGUUGACAUGUUAGACUAUAGUUUCAAUGAAAGUGUAAAUAAAUAGAAAAAAAUCCUGCCGUAAGCAGUUAAUACUGUUUAAAACUGUAGAGACAAUAAAAACAUUAAGAAAUGAGACUCAGCGUCUGUAUGUAAGAAUUAAGUAGAUGUGUCCAAAAAAGGGAUUAAAAGUCGACCAAAAGUACUAUUUAUUUCAAGUAUUGUUAUUGGUGACUGAUCACUCAGUAACUGAAUGAUGGAAGAGAACUGCUCUGCAAAUGAGUGUCAGUAUUAUGAUAUAUAAUACAUAAUAUAUAAUAUAUAAGUAUAACAGUAAGGAACAAGGAACAUCUCCUCUGAGGAAAUAUUAAGUACAAAAGUGUGUGCAUGUAUGUGCGUGUGUGUGCAUGUGCGUGUGUGUGUGUGUGUGUGCAUGAGCAUGUGCGUGUGUGUAUGAGCACAUGUGUGUAAUAAUGUCAAUGUAAGUAGCUGUGACAGAGCCUGGAACAGACAUGAUUUAGUGGCAUGUGUCUGUGUGUGGUGCACGUGUGGAUGAAGGAUGGGAAAAUAUCAGGCCUGGUCACGUUGUUCGAGUGACAGUGAGUCAGGGCAGAUGUGUCACAGUGCUCUGGUCUGGUCAGUCUCACGCCACCACACUAGGCUCAAAGGAAGAGCAGGAGCAGCAUGGAUUCUCAAUACCUCUGCACCUUCCUAUUCGUCCUACUCCUACACCCAGCAGCUGGGCAUGAUGAUGGCUGGUCAAUGAAGGUGCCUCCAGAGGUACGGGCGAUAGAGGGGUACCCCGUAGUGCUGCCUUGCUCCUUCACCCAUCCGCAUCGCACACACCACUCCUCUAUGUUAGUCAUGUGGAGACUGGGUCACGGUUCGACUGCCACAGUGCUUUUCCAGUGUGCCAGCCACAACGACAGCCAUCGUUGCCAGACGGUGCCUCACCAGGACCACCGCUACCGCCUGGAGGGUAACCCGCGUGAGCAUGACCUGUCACUCAGGAUUAACAACGUUGCCUUGCAAGACAACGGCCGCUAUUUCUGUCGUGUUGAGUUGCCAGGCCACCCAUAUGCCAGCUUUGAGAACAAGAUGGGCACACGCCUGAGGGUAGAAGCUGGUCCACGGAUCCUUGGGCUGUCAGUAGAGGGCACUGAAGAGUCAGGGUAUAGGGCGCUAUGCCGUGUCCAGGGAUCCCCUCUUCCAGACAUCCAAUGGACUGGGCCUGGAGAGGCUCUGGAGGGUGCCCCGCUCUCUCCUGCUGCUCACGAGGCCCCUGCACAGCACCACACCUCCAGUCUUCUGCAGGACAUCGUCCCUGGAGAACAGUACACAUGUAGCGCCUCCAACCCCCUGGGGAAGGAUCAGGCCACCCUCUACCUGCUGACCUCGACCCCUGUCCCGACUUCCUCUGGACCUACCCCAGUCCUGCUGCUACUCUCCUUUUCCCUGGGGACCAAGAUGAUAUUGUUCCUGGGAUGGGGUGCCUGGCUGGUCAGCGAUGGGGCUUUAUCUUCCUGGGUCAGCAGUGAGACCCAGUGAAACAAACACACGUGAAUGUUCACAAACAGCCUAGUCGCUUGUCUCUUACUCCAUACAUAUCUGGUUGUAACCUAUAAAACUGUGCUUGCAGAAACAACUUAAUCACAUCGGCUUCAGUCAUAUGGAAGGGACAACGUAUCAUGUGACGGAGUUAUUGUUACCCUCUUAUUAAUAUUCCUUUCAACACAGCCAUAGCACACAUGCCACUGAUUGAUCUAUUUCUUAUCAUCAAUACUUGAGGCAAACAUUAGGGAUCAUGUUGCCUGGAUCAGUAUGUUCAUUUUGACAUGACAUGUCCUGCCCAAUGGUAAAUUACUGUAAUAUCAGAUGUGUGCAUGUAAUGCAUGCAGGUUAGCUGUGUUGGUAAGUUUAAUUGCACAAGACUACAAAAUUACUUCAGACU